GUCGCGCCAUCUUUAGAAAACAUUGUGGAAGAAGCGGUAGCUAAGUGAAGCUCGAUUUCACCUUGUUGAGAAUAACUACCGUGAAAUAUUGGCCUCAGUUGGCCAACUGAGCUAAUUUGUGUAGCUAUAAAAGUUUGAUCAUGGGAAUCAAGGUUCAGCGUCCACGCUGCUUCUUUGACAUUGGCAUCAGUAACGUGCUGGUUGGCAGAGUUGUGGUAGAAUUGUUUUCUGAUGUCUGUCCCAAAACAUGUGAGAACUUUCGAUGCCUCUGCACAGGCGAGAAAGGAAUUGGAAAAGGUACACAAAAACCUCUGCAUUACAAAGGAUGCCUAUUCCACAGAAUUGUGAAGGACUUCAUGAUUCAAGGAGGAGACUUCAGUGAAGGCAAUGGAAAGGGAGGGGAAUCUAUCUAUGGAGGAUUCUUUGAAGAUGAAAGCUUCUCUGUCAAACAUAACAAGGAGUACCUCCUGUCAAUGGCAAACAGGGGCAAAGAUACCAAUGGAUCACAGUUUUUCAUAACAACAAAACCCACACCACAUUUGGAUGGUGUCCAUGUGGUUUUUGGCCAAGUGAUCUCUGGACAAGAGGUUGUUCAGACAAUGGAGAGUCAAAAGACAGAUGCCGGCAGUAGACCAUACUCUGAAGUGAAAGUUAUGAACUGUGGAGAGCUCAUUCCAAAAUCGAAAGCAAGAAAAGAAGAGAAGAAAAGACAAAAGGCCGUCUCCAGUGGCAGCGACAGCUCUAGUGACUCUGACAGUUCUGACGUCUCUUCUGAAUCUGAGGGUGACUCUGAUAAAGAAUCCAAGAAACGGAAGAAGAGGCACAAGAAAGAGUCCAAGAAGAAGGACAAGAAACAGAAGAAGAAAGAUAAGAAAGGGUCUGAGCUCGGCAGUGGUGAUGAGAAAGAGGAAGAGGUUACGUCUACGGUACGACCAGAGGAAAUCCCUCCUAUCCCAGAAAAUAAGUUCCUUAUGAGGAGAAGUCCUCAGCAGCAAAAAGAAGAGUCUGGAAAGGAGAAGGAAAAAAAGAGUGAGAGGGAAAAGCCUAGGGAGAGAAUGUUUAAUUGUCAGUCAGCACAUAAGAGGAAACUUCUGAUGACAAGAUCAGGCAGGACGAUUAAAGGCAGAGGUCCAAGACGGUACCGAACUCCGUCACAUUCCAGGUCAAGGUCAAGGGAUCGUUUCCGGCGCAGCGAGACUCCUCCACACUGGCGCCAGGAGAUGCAGCGUGCACAAAGGGCACCAAGAGCAUCCAGUGGAGACCGCUGGAUCAAGGGUGACAAGGGUGACAUGACAGAGGGCAGGGAUGAGAGUGGCAAAGCUCCAAGAGGACGAGGGAGGAAGACUUCUGAAACCAAGCAUGAAAACGCUGUUGAAAACCCCAAUCAAAACAAAGAGAAGGAGAAGAAAGGUCGCUCCCAUAGAUCCAAGAGCAAAGAAAAGGACCCUUCUAAAACUGAAGACAAGCACAACAAACACAAGGCAAAGAAGGCCAAAUCUCAAAGCCGCAGUAAGAGCAAAGAGAAAAGUGGUAGGUCCAAAAGCAGAGAGAGGGAUCAGAAACAUGGCAAAGGUGAUGAUAAGAGGGGCCGCUCAAGAAGCAAGGACAGACACCUCAAUAAAGAGUCUGGAACUCAAGACCGUGAUAAAAGUAAAGAACAAGCUAAACCCACUGAGGCUGACGUUAAGAACAGAAAGGAGACAAAAGGAAGAAAUGGUGAGAAGCUGAGGACAAAGUCUAAAAGCAAGGAGAGGAACUCUGGAAAGGACCGAAACCGAUCUAACAGCAGAAGCAGGGACAGGGGGAGACGUGCCACAUCUCGAGACAAAGAGCAAGCACGGGACAGAGAGCGAGGUAGGGAGCGCAGUAAGAGUAUUGAAAGACAGCACCACAGAGAGAGGGAGGACAAGAGGAGAGGUAGAUCCAAGAGCAGAGAGCGGACAAGGAGUCCAGACAAGAAUAAGAGCAGGGACUCGCGUAGAGGCAGGCGCUCCAGGAGUAAGAGCAAUAAUAGAGACCAUAGCAAAGACGGUUCAUCUCAUCAGAGGAAGAACAAAGACAGUGAAGACACUCACAGACGAAGGAGGUCCAAGAGCAGCAACUCGGAGAAUAAAGGGAAGGACAGAAGUAGAAAGAGCCCUGUCUCCAAGAAGAAAAGGGACGGCAGCACAGAAAAGGAGUCCUCUCACAAGUCCAAAGAUACAGGGAAAAGCCCUGAGCGGAAUCAAAAGGCAAAGAGCCAAGAGAAGGAUAAAAACCACAGCAAGAAAAAGAAGUACAGCUCCAGCUCAAGUUCUGAUAGUGAUUAGUCCACUAAAUGUUCAUUCUUGUCCCAUCCUUGAACAUAAAAAUGAAUGCGCUGAUGCCUAAUAAUAUGUGAGGUUCUGCUGUAGACCUAUUUUAGACACUUGUUAGAUAUCACAAUAUAUCCAAUUCUGGAAUAUUUGUACAAAUUAAGAUUUCAUAAGAUUUGACAGCGGCUAAAAGCCAUUUUAUGUUUGUUUAUUUUUUAUUCGCUGUCACACUAAUGACAAAUGUUGGGAAUGUAAUGUGCAUUAAUGGUCUGGAGUAAGGAAGUGACUGAACAGGUCAGUGUUGGAAGGAACAUUUGUCAGGUUUUAUUCAAAAAAUUAUCUUUCAGUCUGGUCUCGUACUGAGGGGACGUGAUUCCAUUGUGAUAAUUAUAAUGGAAGGGAUGAGUUUGAUGUCUUUCUGGCCUUUAUGCCUGACUCAAGUACUAUUACAUGGAUACAUCACCAGUAUGACUAAUCAUAUGGUUAUUUUCAACAUUUUGAUGGUUCGAAUUACCAAGUCUCAUUAUGUCACAGAACAUACUGUAAGUGCAACAUAUAAAAUGGUUUUGUAAAAAUUCUUAUCUUCACCUUUUAGUAUUUUCACUGAAAUUUAAGUGGAGAUGUCAGGAGAGAAGGCUCAAUUUGACUUGAAAGGCUGAUAAGAGCACAGACAUUUUGUGAAAUGAUUGGGGUGUUAGAUGCGUAUACCGUUUAAAUAUUUUUUUACCUGUUUCAGGGAACCAGAACUUUUUUCCUGACCUCAGUCUCAAAUGAGUUUUGUAUAAUUGUAUGCAUUUUUGUUAGUAUUUUAUGUUCAGAUUUUCCCUCAUUACAUCUUUCAAAUUGUUUAAAAUUCCUCACCAGGGUAAUGUGUAAAUACAUUGCUGUGAAGUUCCACCAUGUUAGUUCAUACUAGGUGUUGCAUUCCUGGCAUGACUUUCGUUUAAACUAUAAAUGAAAACCACUGGCUUUGUAAAAACUGGCCAAAUUCAAUAUUCCCUAAUGAAACAUGUUUUAAAAUAAAAGGAUAUGGUUAAAA